AUGGGGCAAGAAGCACGGCAGUACUUCGUGGGAGAUGCAUAUCCGCCAUGCACGAAGCCACUCAGUGAAAUCGAGCCGAUGAGUCUCAAAGAUUUGCAGCUCGACACUCAUCACAGAGGCAAGGUGGUCUUCGUUCGAACGGCCGACGAUGGUGUGAAAGCUGCGGCUGUGCGCACGAUUGUCGAAGAUGAAAGCGGCGAUGUCGAGCGCUUGGCUGUGUACAACGUGUACUCUUCCCCUGAGGCUGCAGACUUGCUAUCUGAUGGAUGCAUCUUUGCCAUCAAAGAGCCGUUCUUCGAAGCGAGUGUGAAUGGGGAUUUGUCUAUUCGAGUUGAUCAUCCUUCGGACCUCGUAUACCUCUCGUCGUCCGAUUCACGGGCGCCGAAAAAGUUCCAAUCUACACCCAAGGAAGGAGAGGAUUCUGCGCUCGACUGGAAAACGAGAGGCAACCAAUUUUACAAAACGGACAAGUUCACAGAUGCCGUGCGAGCGUUCAGCGUUGGCCUCGACCGCUGCAAGGACCAGAACGGAUCAAUACGCUGCGACAUUCUUCGGAAUCGCGCAAUCACAAAUAUCUACCUCAAGCGAUUUGAGACGGCUCUCUCCGAUGCCAAAGCUGCUGUGAUUGCAACAAGUGACUCACAAAACGCAGCGACUUCUGCUCUCAACGCCAAAUCUGAGUUCAGAGCUGGUCGCGCAGCGUACGAGCUGGGUGACUUUAAGGAAGCUAGCAGACGAUUCACUGAGGCCAGCAAGCUUCAGCCUGAUGAUCAAGAUACAAUUCGGCAAUUACAACGUGUUGGGGAGAGACUGGACGAGCAACGCACUGGAAACUACGAUUUCACCCAGAUGGGCAAGAGUGUCAGCAAGAAGCGAAACCGGCUCGACCACGCAGACUACCUUGCAAAGACGACGAAGAAGGCGGCAGGCUCGCACGGCAACGGUUUGUUCGCUACUCAGGACAUCUCCGCAGGUGAUCUGAUCUUGUGCGAGAAGGCUUGUGCGACUGCUUGCGACGCCGAUCCAGGAGGGCAUGACUUCACUCUCCUGGACAGCAACUCUCAGCGCCAGUUGAGCGGCACGCAAGGUCUUCUGCUUUUCAACAUCAUCGCAAAGCUCGGCCACAAUUCCAUCGCUGCCACCAGGUUCUUUGAGCUUUUCGACGAUGACUAUCCUUACAGCACACCACCAGCGGUUGUCGAUGGGGUGGUAGCAGUGGACACAUUCCGAGCUCAAGCCGUCCUUGCUCACAACACUUUUGGCUGUCCUUCAACCAAGACCAGCAGCAAAGCAGCGCAACGUCAGGUGCAGAGCCCCAGUGGCUACCCUUCCACCGGCCUAUGGCUGACAACGUCCUACGUCAAUCACGCCUGCAACGGCAACGCUAUGCGGUCGUUCAUGGGCGACGUGAUGAUUCUACGAGCAACGAGAGACAUCAACAAGGGCGAGGAAAUCCUUAUGCCGUACCGGUUGCCCAACGCGGAUAACGCGGUUACUCAAAGCGAGCUGGAGAAGAUAUGGGGUUUCAAGUGUGAUUGCCAGCUCUGCCAGACGGAGGCGAAGGCACCACCCAGUCAACGGAGACAGCGUUCGCAAACGGUGAAGGAAGCCGAGGAAGUGCUGUCCUCCAGCCCAAUAUCAGCAUCGAAGCAGGCGGUGAAGAAAUCAAUGGCUCGGGUGGAAAGGCUGAUGGAAAAGCUGGAGAAGUCUUAUGACGCCGAUACGUACGAGAAGCAACCUCGCCUGGCUCUUGUCCCUCCCGGCCUUUGGCUGUGUAAGGCCUACGCGUGUCACGGUGAUUGGGAGAAGGUUAAGCAAUCCUCGUUCAGCUUGCUGCGAAACCUCGGAUACGUCACCACGGCAUCGGGCGAUGGCAAGAAAUUGAGUCUUGAUCGUGCGCAUUGUCUAUUGGUUGACGAUGCCAUUAGCGCGACGAUCUUAGGGCUUUGGGCGGCUGAACAUCUCCAGAACGCGGCCCACAAGGACUUCCUGGAUGGGCUUGCUCGCGGCUUAUACGACACUUUGAACGGAGAGAUGAGUGGGUUCGAAGAUAAGUGCGAGGCAUUGAGAGAAGCGUGUGCCGUGAGGAAGUGA